AUGGAGGAGAUUUCGUGGCAUCAGAAAUCUCGGGCUUUGUGGCUUAAAGAAGGGGACCGCAAUACGAAAUUCUUUCACAAGCUUGCUAAUGCUUCUAGAAGGUGUAAUCAUGUUGGGCGUAUUCAUGUGAAUGGUUCGCAGAGUUGUGGAGAGAGGAUGAGGUGCGCAGGGGGAUUUUCUUUUUUUACCAGCAGCUUUACACUGAGAUGUUGGGGUGGAGACCUAAGCUUUAUGGUCUCCACUUUGAUGCCUUUUCUGAGCUGGAUAGAGACAGGCUUGAUGUCCCAUUCUCUGAAGAGGAAAGUGCGGAAGGCUCUAUCGAGUUGCAAUGGUGAUAAAGCUCCGGGGCCAGAUGGGUUUACCAUGUGGUUUCUUAUGGAGAGUUGGGAGGUGGUGCACAGUGAGGGCGGCUCUUCUAAUAUUAAGGACUUUCAGCCAUUUAGCUUAGUGGGAUGCAUGUACAAGCUUAUUGCCAAGGUUCUUGUUCAUAGGAUGAGUAAUGUAUUGGAUGGAAUUAUUUCGGAGUCCCAGAAUGCUUUUGUUGGAGGACGACAGAUCUUGGAUUCUGGUCUUAUAGUAGGGGAAUGUGUAGACUCCAGGUUGAAGAGUGGGGUCCCUGGUGUCUAA